CAAGCAUCUUGUGUAGAACAGAAAUAAAACGCUGCUCCUGCGUGUCUCCAAAGAUCACAAGUCACGGGAAGUUUGCAAAACACUGCAGGCUUUUGUGGGACUGACAGUGUAGGCUCUGGAUUUAUGAAUGGCCAGACAUGGGGAUGGAACAAUACUGGUACCCUGAAGAAGUGAUUUCCAUAUGGGGGGGGAAUUGAGUAUUACAGGGGCAGCUCGAUUAAGGAGGAGGAGAUUUUUUCUUCCCCUCCCAAUGGGGCUUGGUACAGAGAGAAGCUAGUGAGCCCCAUUACAGAGGGGGGAACAAACCAAGUUUGCUUGUUCUGUGUUUAUGUGGGAUAGGGAAGUUGAAGUUGUUAAGAAGAGAAAAGGCCCAUCAUCUAUCUGGUCCAUCUGCAAGAGUCGAGCAGGGAGGAAUCCACAUUACAUUGCGCAGCGCUUUCCACUCAGGGAAGACCACAAGGAAGCCUGUGGAGCACAAAAAGCUGGUAUGAGAAACACAGUGGUAGUCUGAAGAUAUGUGGUACUUAGAACUGCUGUUGCCUCUUUUGCUGCUUUUCAAAGAUGUCAGCGCACAGUGGAAUGUGUGGAUGCCGAGGGACAUCUCAGCCAUGACUAACUCAUGCGUGGUCAUUCCCUGCACCUUCAUGUACCCGUCGAGCAUACGGCCCUACCGGGGAGUGCAUGGGAUCUGGUACUUUGGCCAGCCUUACCCACAAUUCUUCCCCCCGGUGGUCUACAAAUCACGCACAGAUAUUGUGAAUGAGAGCUACAAAGGACGCACUAAGCUGCUGGGCGACCUCAACCAGAGAAACUGCACCCUGCGCAUCAGCAAUCUUGGAGCUGAGCAUUCUGGGAGGUACUACUUCCGCGCAGACCUCGGGGGCGCCAACAUCUUCACCUACCCUGACUUCUCCGAGCUCAAGGUGUUGGACCAGCCAAACGUUGACAUCCCUGAAGAGAUAGUUAGUGACACAAGCUUGGAUGUGACUUGCUACGCACCAGACAACUGUCCAGACAUGAGCCCUGAAAUUAGCUGGCUCUAUGCUGACUACCUGCCAGACCCCCAGUACAGCUCGGAAUAUGUGGAGGAGGGAAACACGGCGGUGUUGUCCAGCACACUCACCUUCACACCCAAGCCCAUGCACAAUGGCCAGCUGCUGGGCUGCCGUGUCCACUUUCCCAACACUAGCUUCGUCUAUGAGCGACUCAUUUACCUGGACAUCAAGUACCAUCCUCGCUCAGUGUGGGUGAAUGCAUCACGAGAGGUGAUGGAGGGAAGCUCAGUGACACUGUACUGUGAGGUGGACAGCAACCCCCCACCCAGAAUCUCCUGGAUGUUUGGAGAUCAGGAGCUGAUCUGGGACACAGCUUCAAACAUAUCCCUGCACCUGGAAGCAGUGGAUUCUCCUAAGGAGGGUGUCUACACUUGUGUGGCUGACAAUGGAUACGGCACCAUGAACAGUUCCAUGUACCUUGCAGUCAUGUACCCCCCAAGAGAACCCUGGGUGAAUGCCUCUGUCACGGUGCAGGAGGGCUCCACCGUGUUUUUACAUUGCAGCACCCAGGGCAACCCCCCUCCCACGCUCACCUGGCUGAAGGACGGCCUACUGGUGGGCACCAUCACAGCAGAGGAGAUGUCUGUACUGGAGAUUAUGGAAGUGACCCCGCAGGGUGACGGCACUUACCGCUGCCUGGCUGAGAAUGAGCAUGGGCGCUCCAGCAGCUCACUCAAUGUCACCGUCGAGUUUGCACCAAUACUUCUGGAGGAGUCCAAGUGCACAGUUGUGCGAGAGGGGGUCCAGUGUGUGUGUGUGGCCUCUGGCAACCCUGAGCCUAUCAUCGAAUUCCAGCUUCCCGACCUCAACAUCACCAUCAAUGACACAGAGAGCCGCUUCAACUACUACACACACACAGAUGGCUACACAGCCACAGGCAUGAUAAAGCUAAGGGAAAAGACCAACAAUGGGGGCAAUGGGGCAGCAGCAGUCAACGUGCACUGCCAUAUCAGCAACAUGUACGGCUCAGAGACUGUGCGGCUGGAACUCCAGCAAGAGAAGAAAUACAUGAUGGCGGUUGUCAUUGGGACCAUUGGUGGAGUGGCUGUCAUUGCCUUCAUCAUCGCUGCAGUGAGAUACGUGGGACGUAAUAACAAAAAAGAGAAUGGCAACCCUGGGCAGGACCUGGUAUCUAAGCUGGAGAACCCCUCAAUGUUCUACAGCGCAGUCAAGAAGGACAAACAAAAUCUGAGGAAGAAAGUGCUAAAGACUGAGCUAUUGGGCUCAAAGUUUAGCUCGAUCCUUGAAGAAACCUCCACGGGAGACGACGGAGAGUACCAGCCGGUGGGCUCCAUGGCUGACCUGGAGAAACAAGAGCUAAACUAUGCUGCCCUGGAAUUCAUUAGGGGUCGACCCCGAGAUGGGGCAUCUGUGCAGGGAGACGACGGCAGCGACUACACCGAGAUCAAGGCCAAAUGAAUCACACUGCUUCCCUGAUGCCCCAGCUGUGGGUGAUGCAUUGUGGGGGGUCCUUCUGCAUCUCUAUCUGAUUCCCAUACCUUCCACCAUCCCUUGCUCCCUAAAACAUCCUUUUCUCAUUUUGUUUUGCCCAAUACACUAACCUAGCAACUUCUCUGCACCCUCCAGACCCUUCCCAGCUGCACUGCUGUGGUCCUCUCUCCUACAGCCCCCUUUGGGAUGGCCGUUGCACGCUGUGUUGGAGUACGACACACUGAAUGACACUAAAACUCCAUUCAUUGUCAUGCCCAUAUGUUCACCCCACCAAGUACUUUAUCUUUUUUUGUCUCUGUAAGGUUUUGCAGUCACUCUGUGCUCUUUACUGAAAUGUCUGCUGCUGCUUUUCUUUUUAAUCUUUCCUCUUAUUAUUCCUCAUUGUCUCUUACUCCUCAUCUGUCACAUGGCUGCCCCACAUCUUUCUUGUUCUUUUGACUUCCUGUUGUGCUCAUGGCUGCUCUCACCCUACCUGUGUCCUCUAAAAGCUGUAGUGUCAGGGAACAGGGUUUGUAAACAUCUCUUCCCAAGUCCAGUUCUAGUUCUGAACAAACAACCUUCUCCACAGCAUGUUUUUCACACAUCAUGUGUGAAAAAAAGUAUAUUUUUCAUUGUGUUGUGUCUCUGCUUUGAUUUGCAGGGGUGUAAGUGUAGGUACAUAGAUGAGGUAGUGGUAGAAAUACAAGAACUUAGUUCUAAAGAUAUAAGGAUUGGGGUGUUGGGGGCAUAUGUUUGUGAUGGUUGAUAAUGCUCCCAUGACCCUUUAAGAAAUAUAAUGGAUGAAUUAUACAUUUCCGAUUUUCUAUUUUGAGCCUUCCAGGCUGAACAAGGCAAAUUUUGAAUUUUUAUUUGUGAGUUCUCCUCCUGUUUUCUUGUUUAUUUCUCUUAGUUCCCCUGUUAUUUUUGUGAGCUUUCUUGGUGACUUUUUCAAGGCAGAAUCCAAAUUAUUCGCAUUCGGGGGAACCAAUGAAAACGGGAUCAGUGUUUUUUCAACAGAUCUGAAAAGUAUAUUCCAUGGAAUUAUUGCGUGUGCCUCAAAAACCUAGUCACCAGUCGUAUACAGCAUGGGUAUUUCUUUACCUAAAAGUGCUUAUAAUGCAUUCUGAAAUUAUAUACUUGGCAAGCAUGUAACUGAUUCCUGAUGAUAAUACUCCGAGGAGUCUUAAAUCUGUAAAAAU